AUGGAGGCAGCUGAUGCCCUGGACGCGGCGGCGCUGGAGCAGGAGCUGCUGGCAGCGGUGGCAGCUGACGAGCAGCGGGCGAGGGAGAACGAGGCCAAGCUGCGAGCCCUGCGGCAGGGCGUCCCCUCCUACGAGGAGUUCAGGAACAUUGUGCUGGCAUCACACCUGAAGCCCCUGGAGAAGAAGGACAAAGUGGAGAAGAGGAGGAAAGUGCUGUGGAAUCCCUGCACAAGCCAGGCCAAGGCCCCACAAGGCAGUGAGGUGGAGAUCCCCCAGGAGCUGGAGCAGCUGCCUGCAACCUCUGCCGAGUUUUACCGAGCCUGGCGCCGCCGCUUGAAGAGCGAGAAGGAGAAAUACCAGUUCCUGCUGGCACUGGGAGGGGAGGCCCUGGGCAGGAUCUUUCAGGCUGACCUGGGCUUCGGCCUCCUGGGGGACUUCCUGAAGGUGCUGGCAGAGAACAUCUGCCCUGAGGACAGAGCCUCUGUCCUGCAGCUCCUGCAGAGCCUGUCGGGCACCAAUCGCUUCGGCUUAAACGUGGACCUGCUGAGCCGCUCGGAGAAGGAGAGCAGCAGGGAUUUGUUUGGCAAGCUGCAGAACAUGGGCAGGGGGCACUGGGCCUCUGCCCACCCCAGCAGCCCAGCCAGCUGUGAAGCAGAGAGGGAAGGCCAGCUCAUGGCCACGAGGCUGCAGAAGGAGGCUGAGGAGGAAAGGAUGGUGAUGGAGCUGAUGAGAUGUUACCAGGUCAGCUGA